AUGCAGAGGGGCUCGCUGACCCACGUCUGCAGCUGUGGCAGCCCGCACACCACUGCAGCUGUGGCAGCCCGCACACCACUGCAGCUGUGGCAGCCCGCACACCACUGCAGCUGUGGCAGCCCGCACACCACUGCAGCUGUGGCAGCGAGCACACGACUGCAGCAGUGGCAGCCCGCACACGACUGCAGCUGUGGCAGCGAGCACACGACUGCAGCUGUGGCAGCGUGCACACGACUGCAGCUGUGGCAGCGAGCACACGACUGCAGCUGUGGCAGCGAGCACACGACUGCAGCUGUGGCAGCGUGCACACGACUGCAGCUGUGGCAGCCCGCACACCACUGCAGCUGUGGCAGCGAGCACACGACUGCAGCUGUGGCAGCGAGCACACGACUGCAGCUGUGGCAGCGAGCACACGACUGCAGCAGUGGCAGCCCGCACACCACUGCAGCUGUGGCAGCCCGCACACCACUGCAGCUGUGGCAGCGAGCACACGACUGCAGCUGUGGCAGCGAGCACACGACUGCAGCUGUGGCAGCGAGCACACGACUGCAGCAGUGGCAGCCCGCACACGACUGCAGCUGUGGCAGCGAGCACACGACUGCAGCUGUGGCAGCGUGCACACGACUGCAGCUGUGGCAGCGAGCACACGACUGCAGCUGUGGCAGCGAGCACACGACUGCAGCUGUGGCAGCGUGCACACGACUGCAGCUGUGGCAGAGAGCACACGACUGCAGCUGUGGCAGCGAGCACACGACUGCAGCUGUGGCAGCGAGCACACGACUGCAGCAGUGGCAGCCCGCACACGACUGCAGCUGUGGCAUCCCGCACACGACUGCAGCAGUGGCAGCGCGCACACGACUGCAGCUGUGGCAGUCCGCACUCGACUGCAGCUGUGUCAACACAGCACGAGUGCUGUGGCGUGCUACACAACAACGGGCCAGCGCGCAGCCGCGCCGCCGCUACCGAGUUGCGUCAACGUGGCUGUAA